UCGCGACAUCCAAGACUAUCCAAGUAUGGGAUACGCGCACAAACAAACGUGUUGCGAUCUUCAAGGCUCAUGCUGUCAUCAAUUCGCAGUCAUGCAACAUUUCACUAGCGUGGACACCUGAUGGAAAACGGCUUCUCUCAGGAGGAAAUUCUAAGGAUCCAACUAUACGGGAGUGGGAUACGUCGACCUGGAAUCUGGUCGGUAAUCCAUGGACAGGUCAUUCGAAGAUGAUUUACGCCAUUGCCGUGAAUUCCCAUGGGACAUUGGUCGCCUCUGCAUCUGAUGAUAAUGAUGUCCGCCUCUGGCAGCUUUCGAAUCGACGGACCAUCGCCAUAUUCAGACACACCGGCUAUGUUCUCCGCGUCACCUUUUCCACGGAUGGCAAGCACAUCCUCAGCGGAGGUAAGGAUAAGCGUAUCUCAAAGUGGGCCAUACCAGAGGACGCGUUGCCUAAAUCCAAGCUCUUCACGGUAAACACGGCAAUCCGCAAUGCGUUCAUAACUGGAGACUUGUUUACCGCUGAAUCUCUGCUAACGGAGGCGAUCUACGCUGAGAAAAAAACCAACUACAUUUCUUACGCCAAUCGCUCAUUUCUUAUGGCGCAGAAAUCCGAAUGGGACUGCGCGCUUGAAGAUGCACGUACGUCUCUCAGCAUUCAGCCCUCUUUGAUGGGCUGCAUCUCCAAGGGCAUUGCCCUCUGCGGACAAAAACAGAUUGAAGCAGCGAUGAAAGCAUUUGACCUCGCGUUCAUAUUUGCAGACGAAGAUUCGAAGGCCAUCCAUUUUCUUCUGUUAAUAAAGGCUAUUGCACUUUUUAAUGCAAAUCAACACGAAGAUGCAAUGGAGCGUGUCCAAGAGCUGGCUGCCGCCUGUCGUGGUGGCGAUACUCUUACUUGUCGUACGGUGAAAGCAUAUUUAAAUGUUCAACUGGGAAUAAAUGCUUUCAAUGAUGCGCGUUACGGCGAAGCUGAUGAUCACUUCACCACUGCUAUCAACACUGACGCUUUCUCAUCUAAACCGGCCGUCGACUCUACGUGUGAGGACUUAUGCGUGCUUUUCGGAUGGGACAUCGAGUUCUUGUGGAAAACUGCAAGGCAGAAACGUUGCUAUGCACUCCUUCGGUUGGGUAAAUUUCGAGCCGCCGUUGAUUCAUACAAUCAUAUGAUGGAUAUGAGUGACGAAACCAUGCAGGCCAGCUGCUUUGACUGGUCUACUGCUUUCAAGGAUGAAUGCAGCACGCUCUGUGUUACUAAGGGAGAUACUGCCUUCGCUGCGCAUGAUUACGACAAAGCAAUCGCUUUAUAUUCGGCAGCGAUUGACCUCGGUUCCGGAACCCUCGUCAUCUUCUUAAACCGCUGCAAGGCGAAUACAGAAAAAAGGCUAUGGGAGGAAGCAGUCUCGGAUGCGCAAAAGGUUAUCGAACUCGAGCCUUCGUCUUAUAUUGGAUAUCAAUUGAAACAUGCUGCUCUUCAUGGCGCACAGCGCUUUGACGAAGCUAUCGAUGCUUUCAAGGGCAUGCUCUCCAAGUUAGAGGAUGCUUCCGAGUCGCACGUACGAAACUUGCGUCAGCAUUAUAUCAGUCCAUUCGAAGCGGAAGUUGAUAUCCGAGGUUUCAUUAACCCUCAACUCGAAAACGCCCCACUUCGUCUACUAGACACUACCACCGGUCUUUUAUGUGACCGAGAGGCCCAAAUAACCGCAUUUAAGGAAAGCAGCGAGUACAAUGAACUUCUGCUAUUCAUAAUGACGCAUCCAGACUCACGAAUGGAGCACAUCAGAGCAGUGGUGGAAAAAUACUUCCGUUGCGUCAUGUUAUCACACAGGUGGGAGGGGAAGGAAUCACGGUUGCAAGACAUCAAGGGCAAGAACGUAUACGAGUUGCAUCCAGUUGGUGGCAUCCUGAAGUUGCAGGUAUUCUGCAGGACUGCUGGCGAUGCGGGGUAUCGCUGGGCCUGGAUGGACACGUGCUGCAUCGAUCAGACCAACAACGUUGAGCUCAGCGAAUCGAUCGACUCCAUGUUUGACUGGUAUCAUCAUGCAGCACUUACUAUCGUUUACCUGUCAGAUGUUCUACCUUCCUCCAAUUCUGGCGCACUGGGAAAGAGUGUUUGGAACGAACGAGGAUGGACAUUUCAAGAACUUAUGGCUUCAAAAUGCAUCCUCUUUUAUCAGAAGGAUUGGACCCUAUAUCUCAACGAUUGCUCUGCCAACCACAAGCAUUCCAAUGAGAUCACAGAGGAGUUAGCAGAAGCCACAGGCAUAGAUCGAGAGUCCCUCGCUUCUUUCCAUCCAGGGACGAGAAAUGUCCGAAAGAUACUCCAAUGGGCAUCCUCGCGUAUCACCACACGGCAGGAAGACAUUGCUUAUUCCUUGUUUGGCGUCUUCCGCGUCUACCCAGGCGUUUCUUAUGGGGAAAGGAAGCAGAAUGCCCUUGGGCGGCUUUUGCAAGCGAUCAUAGCUCAGUCGGGCGACAUUACUGCUCUGGACUGGGUUGGAAAACCAUCCGAGUUCAACAGCUGUCUGCCAGCUGAAAUAUCUUCAUACAAAACUCUACCGCCCACAUUCCCAUCUCUAUCUCCUGAAGAGCUGUCCGAAUCAGUCUCGUUGCUACGAGAUACUGGGGAUGUACAAUUGGCUUCGAAAUUGUACAGCAAACUCGACUCCCUUCAUGCUCCUCGUUUUGCGCAUAAACGUCUACAACUGCCUUGCAUCGCAUUCCGUGUCACCGAAAUCAAACGGAAGAGCCGUCAAGGCCAAGAUACACGUACCACGUAUGAAGUCAAGACAGACAGACUUCGAGACCUACUGAUCACCACGGAAGACGAACUCCAAUUGCCGAUUAGACUCAUUCGAACAACUGAGUUCUUGCUUAUUCGUCCGUGGGAUCAUGGUCUUCUCGGGUCUGAUGACGUGCACAACGUAGGCAAUUUGACCCCGCCUGAAUCCCCUGCAGACGUUUCGUCUGUCGGGUCCUCCGAAGAGCAUGAGGUUGAUCCGGAACGAGCAUUGCGAUUAAUCGUUCGUCUUGGACAGCCUUUUGGCGCAUUUUUGCUCAAGCGCGAGCUGCUCCGCAAAGAAUAUAAGAGAGUCGCCUCAGAUCUCAAUAUUAUCGCACAACUCAAAGACACGACUCACGUUCACGAUAUGGAAAUCAGGACAGUAGAAAUCUUGUAGUGGAGAAUUUGAACUUUAACUGGAUUGUCGCCUGAGAGUGAUAAAUCAGACCAGACUGGAAUUUAUGUUUUGCAGGUAUACAGGUGAUGUCUGAGUCGACCCCAAAUGUGGCGAAUAUCUGAUGACCAUGACACAGUCCGAUUUUACGUGGAUGUGGUCAUCGAUCAAUGUUCAACUCCACGCUGGCGCUUGAUAUCGUAAUCCGUAUCGAUCUGGGGCACUAGACAGCUUUCCGUAGCUAAGAGUUUUGCCGUGCACAUCAAGUACUGGUAAAACCCAACCCCGUGCUACUUACUCUACGCGGAUAUUGUGUCGAUGUCAGGGCUCAAACCCAUUAUCUUCUACGAUAUUCCCAGCAUUGUGCAGGGUGAACCAUGGUCUCCGAACACGAUGA